AUGGGUAAAAAGCGCAAGAACCCGACUCACCAAAACCACUUUGUCGACUCCGGUAAAAAGAAGAAACCAAAUGGAGGUCCAGGACCCGGCCCCUCGAAGAGCAAGGCGAAGAAUAACGCCGCGAAUGAUAACAGCACAAAGAAGAAGGAGCAGAAGCAGUACCACCAGAACCAAGAACCAGUUAUCCCUUUCGCCUCGGAAGAUACCAUCCUCCUCAUCGGCGAGGGCGACCUCAGCUUUGCGGCCAGUCUCGCCGCCCACCACGACUGCCGCAACCUGACGGCCACCGUGCUUGAGAAGAAUGAGAAGGAGCUGCUGGAGAAGUACCCGCACGCGGAAGAGAACAUCGCCAAGAUCACCGGCGCAGUUUCAAAGUCUGAGAAACCAAAAGACAAGACCGCCGACAACGGCAGCGACAACGGCAGCGACAACGGCAGCGACAACGACAACGACAACGACAACGACGAUGACGAUGACGACGCCGACGCCGACGAAACGGGCGCACCCGAGGGAGAACCUGUCGAAGACGAAGAAGAAGAAGCAUACAAACCUCCAGUCCCGAACAACAACAAGAUCCUCUACAACGUCGACGCCCGCACAAUGAAACCAUUCGUCAAGCGCUCCACAACCCAAACCCACCACGGCAUCUCAAAAACCACCAAGCAAGGACUCUACAAGCGCAUCAUCUUCAACUUCCCCCACGUGGGCGGCAAAUCUACCGACCGCAACCGCCAAGUACGCUACAACCAGGAGCUUCUCGUCUCCUUCUUCAACUCCGCCAUACCCUCCCUCGCGCCGAAAGGCACCAUCAUCGUAACGCUGUUCGAAGGAGACCCGUAUACACUUUGGAACAUCAAGGACCUCGGCCGACACGCUGGCCUGCAGUCCCUCCAGAGUUUCAAGUUCCACUCGAAGGCGUACCCCGGGUACCGCCACGCGCGUACGUUGGGGGUUGUCAGAGAGAAGAAGACCGGAGAGGCCAGCGGCGCCGCGUGGAAGGGUGAGGAGAGGCCUGCCAGGAGUUUUGUGUUUAUGCGCAAGGAAGAGGCGCCCGAGCCGCUACCAGUGCAGAAAAAGAGGAAGAGGGGAGGCGAUGAAAGUAGCAGCGAAGAAUCGGAUUUGGAAGUGGACGACGAUUAA